UUCAAUAUGUCUGCCCACAUGAACGAUGUUAUUGCACGUGUGAGACUGUGAAGAAAAUGAAACAACUCGGAUUUGAGGAAGCUAUUCGCAUUAUAGAUGAAGACAAAUAUGCUCAAUUUGAAAAAGUGACAACGACUAAACAUAUUGUACUAUCUCCGAAGUAUUUAGGGCGUGUUAAAACUGGAAUAGUGGAACAGCUUAAUUCCGAGUUGAAUUUUGCUUCAGAGAGCUUGGAUGGUAUCCUAAUCGCAUAUAGCAGCAUUCAUCUUCUACAAAGGCUGGGGCGAAUAUUAGACGAUCAACCCUACAUCCAUUUUAACAUUCAGGCAGACUUUGUUGUAUUCAAGCCUGUCAUUGGCUGUCUUCUAAGAGGUGUGGUGAACAAAGUUAGCAAGAAUCACAUUGGCUGUCUUGUUCACAACUGUUUCAAUGCAUCGUUGGCACGACCUGCUCAAGCAGGGAAAAGAUGGCAGGGCGAUGACUUGGUCAUAGGGGAUGAGUUUGUCUUCCAAGUAAUACAUGUUCACUCGCACAACAAGUUCCUCUCCAUAAAAGGCAAAUUUACAGAUGAAGGAAUCUUGGAAACAUCUGGCAAGAAACGUACCAGGGAUGACAUCGACCAAAUCACAGAAGCAGGAGAUGUUGUGGACAUGGCAACAGUUGGUAGUCAUGGCAAGGAAGAGGAGAACAUUACAGAUAGUGUCAAAGCUAAGUCAAAAUCUAAGAAAAAGAAAAGGAGAAAGAAUCCUGACGAAGGAGAGAAUCAGGUAGAGGAGGGUAUGGAUGUCAAUCCUACAGAGACUGGUGAAACACCAGACACCCAGGACGAUCAUUCAUCUCGCAGGAAACAUAAAAAGAAAAAAGCCAAGAAGGAAAGACCUGAUCCAACUAUCCAGAAUGGGAUUGGUGAGAACGAUCACCUGGCAAAGAGUCCAGACACAAGUUUACUGUUCAAUGAGGAGAUCAUGGCAACAGAAAAACAAAACUUUUCACUAGACAUUUCUGGAGUGCAUUUCUUGGAUCACUCCCCUAUAGAUAGUAGUACAUGUAAAAAGAAAAAGAAAGACAAAAAAAAGUCUAGAAAGUGGGGACAGGAUCCCGAUAAACUGUGUGAGGAUGGCGAAGAGUCCUCGAAAGGAAACAUUUUACCAGGAAAUAGGUUGACAGAUCAAGUUGAGUUACCAGCACAAAAGGGGACUGAUGAUGGUCAGCAGAACUCACCUUUGUUAUUUUCCAGCCAAGAGGAACCAUUCACUUUUAAUAACAAAAAACAUAAAAAGUCCAAAAAACAUAAAAAGGGGAAAGGAGUUGACUAAACAUAGCAUGUCUGUUUUGCAUUUUGUUUUCCUGCAAUUUUCAGUUGUUAUGAUUUUAACUAAAUAAAUACAUACAUAAA